UUGUGAUCUGUCAAGUGAUUCAGACCGUCGGGAAAUAAUCAAAACGUCAACUGUGAUUUUCCAAUAAGAAAAAUGGUCUUGCUUGACACUAGUUCGCCGGAAGAACAACCGAAACCGGACGACGGCAAAGUGAACUUGUGGUCGCAGAUCCUGAAGGAUGUGCAGAAAAAUGCGAACCCGAAACUGUCGCCCCACAAACAGAUACUCGUUUUGGGUGACAACGAGUCCGGCAAGACGACGAUGGUGGCCAAGUUGCAGGGAAUAGAGAACUCUAGCAAAGGUUCCGGUUUGGAAUACGGUUUCAUAGAGGUUCGAGACGACUAUCGCGACGAUCAGACGCGUCUCAGUGUUUGGGUGUUGGACGGCGAUCCGGCCCACACUCAUUUAUUGAAGUUUGCGUUGAACGAAGACAAGUUCAAGGACACUUUGGUGAUCUUGACUGUGUCCAUGACAACACCUUGGGGUAUUUUGGAGCAGCUACAGCACUGGUCCUCCGUACUUGCCGACCAUUUGGACGGCCUGAAACUGGAUGUGGACUUAAGGCAGAGCAAAAGGCAGAACUUGAUUAAGCAGUGGCUGGAUUAUGUGGAGCCGGGAGAUGAGUUGGAUCCAUCAAGUCCCAUGAAGAGGAGCUCAAGAAAUCUCGGAGAUGGUGAGGAAGACGAUUUUUCGGGCACGCCUCUGCCUGAGGGAACGUUGACCAACAAUUUAGGAUUAGAUAUUGUUGUGGUGGUGACCAAAACCGACUACAUUCAAACGUUGGAGAAGGAGCACGACUAUCGUGAUGAGCACUUGGACUUCAUGCAACAGUGGAUACGUCGUUUUUGUCUGCAACACGGCGCCGCCCUGUUCUACACCAGCGCUAAGGAAGACAAGAACUGCGAUCUGUUGUACAAGUACUUGACGCAUCGCAUCUACGGUUUCCCGUUCCACACGCCAGCACUGGUGGUGGAGAAGGACGCUGUCUUCAUACCAUCUGGCUGGGACAACAUGAAGAAAAUUGCCAUUUUGUAUGAGAACAUGCAGACCUGCAAGCCUGACGACUAUUAUAGGGAUAUAAUAGCUCAGCCAGCCACCAAAAAAACUGUGGGCAAAGAGACGGAAGUGUUGGCCGAAGACGAGCAGGCGUUUUUGAUGCGGCUGCAGCAGAUCUCCUUUGGAAGCGGGCCCCAACCCGCCCGUAUGGGUGAGAGUCCAAUCAGAACUCCUCCAAUCCCAGGCAUUCAAGGCACCCCAAAACGUUUGGAUGGUUCGAAGGUGGUCUCGUCGCCGGGUACCGAAGGAGUUUUGGCCAACUUCUUCAACUCUCUGCUGCACAAGAAGACCGGCAGCCCGUCCAUGUCCAGUUCGAAGCUAUCAGGGAACGAAUCUUUGGUGGAUAAGAGUGCAAUGAGGUCCGACGCAGCUGCGGAGUUGGACAGGUUGUCGAGGGGGGCGAAGAAACCGCCGCCACCUGCCGCCAACGUUUCGAAUGCGAGCGCCAACAGUUCGGGCGUCGACUUUAACGCGUCUGAUUGUUAAUUAAUUGCCUCGUUAGGUCGUAAUGAUUAUUAAUAAAUUAUUAAAUUAUUUCUCUCAGAUUCAUAUUGAUGAGGUUAAUAGUGAUGAUAUUCACCAAUUGAAAAGUUUACUUAACUUUUAGGCUAAAAGUUAAAUAAAUUUUUUGAUUACUAUAUAAUAGUAAUAUAUUAACCAUAGCUAAAUAUUAAAAAAAUUUUUUAAUUGGUUGUCCACGGUUUUUUGUAUCAAGCUUUUCAGUACUAAAAUUAUGCUUUCAAUUGGUUGCACCAGUACUAAAAUAACAUCUCUGUGAUAAGUUUUAAAUGUACUAAUUUUUUGUUACUUUUUACUUUAUUUCUCAACAUUAUAUAUAAAGGAAUUAUAAAACCAUUAAUAAUUGAAUAAAAGUUUUUCUACAAAAGUA